UUCGCGGUUUUAAUCCACCACGUGACUCCCGUGUCGACCGAGGAGAAAGAAGCGUGCCCGAAAAAAUUAUGGCUGCAAAUAACUAUUUCGGGUUUACCCACGGAGGGACCCAAUACGGGUCGCAACUUUUCAAUCUUAUCAUGUAUAGGUCGGCCCAGCCUGUGGGGUCUUACUCGCAGCACUCAGGACAGAGCGCGUAUGCGGCGGCCCAGCACCAGCCGACACACCAGGCCGCCGCUGCAGGGUACGCCACAGCCGCGGCCCCUCGCCACACCCAGCCCGCCACCAGUUACGAGAGCUACUCCGCCUCUCACGCCACCAGCCAGUAUGGGUACACCUCGCGGCAACAAGACCCCCCUCCCCCACCACCAGCAUCCACACAGAGUUACCAGACGUCGUACAGUUAUGACCGUGGUUCUGCCACCACUGCGUACGAGAGUAAGCAGUACUACACACCGGCUGCCCAGCCAGCAGCUCAUGCUGCCACGGAGCCUUACUACCAGACUACUACAGCGGCUAAGUCCUACAGUACCCCUGCCAGUACCGGGUACUCGGCCGGCACUGCUCGAGCAGCCACCACUGUGAAAACCCCAGGCACAGCCUCGUACAGCAGUUACUCGGCGCCGACGUCGCACCAGAGUACCACGUCGUACGGCCAGACCACCCUGAGCACCACCCCGGCCACGUACACAGGUAAUCAUGCCACCUACUCUGGUUACGAUGCAGCCGUCUAUUCCGCCGCCACUGCCUACUACCAGCAGCAGCAGCAACAGAAGACCGGGCUGGGCUGGGGCUUCAAAAACAAGUUUGGACAGAACCAGAAGAAACAGAAACAGCCGCCCAAGCAGCCGCAGAUCCACUAUUGUGAAGUCUGCAAGAUUAGCUGUGCUGGGCCACAGACCUACCGUGAGCACCUGGAGGGACAGAAGCACAAGAAGAAGGAGGCAGCCCUGAAGGCAGGCGGCACCACCACAGCCAUGCGGCCCGGACAGAGCCAGCUGCGAUGUGAGCUGUGUGACGUUACCUGCACCGGCACUGAUGCUUACAACGCACACAUCCGAGGGGCAAAGCAUCAAAAGGUUCUGAAGUUACACACCAAGCUGGGGAAGCCCAUCCCGUCUACAGAGCCCGUCCUGGUGACUGCUGGUGGCGGUACGUCCACCACAACGUCGACCGCCCCCGCCAAGGCGACCACCACCACCACACCUGCCAGCACGGUGCCUAAACCCAAGGCAGCAGCCGCAACCGCAGCUGUCGCAGCCGCAGUGCCCAAGAAGGUCGUCACGCCGAAGAUCACCUUUGUUGCUUCUACCACAGGUGGCACCAAGCUGAGUACAACUCCUGGUGGCAUCAAGGCAGAGGAGACCAAGGUGACGGAGAUUACGGCCAAGGCUGCUGUAGCCAGCACAUCCACUGCACAGACUGACGCUGGAAAGCAGGAAGAGGCUUCCAAGUUGCUGCAAGAGUUACAGGCAAAGGAGGUGCAGCCAGUUGGCGAGGAGUACAUUGAAGAGAUCAAGAAUGCCGAUGGCAAGGUCAUACAGUUCCACUGCAAGCUGUGCGAGUGCAAGUUUAACGACCCCAAUGCCAAGGACAUGCACAUGAAGGGGAGACGCCACCGCCUGCAAUACAAGAAAAAGGUGGACCCUGAGCUGCAGGUUGAAGUGAAGCCAUCCAUCCGCGCGCGUAAGCUUCAGGAGGAGAAGAUGCGUCGUCAGCUGGCCAAGGAGGAGUACUGGCGCAGACGUGAUGAGGAGGAGCGCUGGAGACAGGAGAUGCGCUGGAGAGAGGAGGAGGAGUACAGAAGGGAGAGGGGUCGCAGGGCAGACUUCGUCGGUUUUAACAUGAGGGACAUCGCUGAAUUUCCAGAUGCUCCUUUGCGCCGCCCAGACACAUCUGAUGACCGUCAUGUCAUGGCCAAGCACUCUUCUAUCUAUCCCAAUGAAGCAGAGCUUCAAGCAGUCCAGAACAUAGUGUCUGCCUCGGAGAAGGCCCUUAAACUGGUGUCAGACUUCCUAGCUGAGAGUGAUGACCUCUCUGAAGCAGGGAAGACCACUGAGAAGCCAUCAGAUAAGGCUGAAGUUGACAACCCCAAGCAAAUGGACACAGACAAGGUCAAGGAGGAAAAGAAGGAAGGAGAGGAGGAGACCAAGGAAGGGUCGUUCACCUCCUUCAGUGAGAAGAAGACUGAGGAGCAGCAGCAGCGAGCGCUGAAGGGCGUGAUGCGUGUCGGCGUACUGGCCAAGGGCCUGCUGCUCCACGGGGACCUGAACGUACAACUGGUGGUGCUCUGUGCCGAGAAACCCACACGGACUCUACUGGAGAGAGUCUUUGAUAACUUCCCCAAACAGCUGGCUACUGUGACUGAGGAGAAGUAUGAGGUGAAGUUGUGUGUGGAGGAGGCAGCCAUCGUGGCCAGCCUGACCAAAGAGGACAUCCGGGUGGAGUGUACCAUCACGCUGACCUCCCCCGUCAUGCGGGAGGGGCAGCCCGAGGGAGGAGAUGUUGUUGCGAAAGACCCACCGGAUGUACUGGACAGGCAAAAAUGCCUGGAUGCCUUGGCAGCACUGCGUCAUGCAAAAUGGUUUCAGGCUAGGGCUAGCGGACUGCAGUCCUGCGUAAUCGUCAUACGAAUCCUGCGUGAUCUCUGUCAGCGAGUGCCGACCUGGGCCCCUCUACGGAGCUGGGCCAUGGAACUGCUGGUUGAGAAGGUGGUGAGCAGCGCCGGCACCAACCAGAGCCCGGGCGACGCCCUCCGCAGAAACUUCGAGGCCAUCGCCUCAGGCAUCCUGCUGCCCAGUGGCCCCGGGCUGUACGACCCAUGUGAGAAAGAACCCACGGAUGCUGCUGGUACCCUGACACCACAGGAGAGGGAGGACAUCACUGCUAGUGCACAGCAUGCGCUGCGGCUCCUGGCCUUCCGACAGAUCCACAAAGUCCUUGGUAUGGACCCGCUGCCCAGCCCCGCCCGCUUCGGCAACAAGCGCUUCAACCCGCGCAAACGGAGGCGCGAGAACACGGACUCCAGUAGUGUGGACGGCGAAGGUGACGGCAAGAAGGACAAGAAAGAUGGGGAGGAGGAGGGUGGGGAACCCAUGGAAGAUGCCUCAGACUUAGCUCAAGCUUAGAUUUAAUUUUCCUGUGAAGGAAUUAUCCUUUCAUCCUUCGUUGUAUGAUUUUGACAAGUAGUCUUGCAAGCACAGUAUCUUUUUAGGGCAUCUUACCCAACCUGAUACAUUGUAAUUUGAGUAAAUUUGAUCUAAAGGUGGUUUUGACCAGUGUGGUCUUUACCGUAGGAGGAUUGUUUAGGAAAUGAUUUUUUUUGUCAACAUAGACAAAUGUACAGAAGUAACUCUUUAAGUAUUAGGAAAAUUAGUUGUGUCAGAAUCAUAGAUUUUUCAUGCUCACAGUUGAAACAACAUCCAACGUGGAAGGGGAGUCAAAUGGCAAGUUGUAUGAAAAAAGGAAACCCAUAAAUAUUGGUGUUUGAGGCAGAAGAAAGGAUGGGAUAAUUUUAGCUACUUCAGUGUUUGUUCUUUGUUAUGUUUGGCAGCAGCCAAAUGUUCCAGUUGGCAUCUUGUAAAGUAAUCUGACAGCCUUUAUGAAGCACCAUUGUUUUGGCUGGUUUGUAUACCCAUGUUAAAAGUCUGCAUGUUUCAAGUCUACAGAAACACAAUGCCAUGGUGUCACUAAACAUAUAGAACUCUAGCAGUAUUAAUCAUGACUUUAAUCCAGAAAAGAUGUCCUAUACUGCAGUAUCCUAAGCAGUUUCUAUUGUAACAGGUGGAGAAUAAUGUGUUUUUGACUAUGUUUCGUCCUUCUUUACAUGAACAUUUUAUAAGUGUUAAGAUAAUGAUUGUAUUGUCACAACAACAAAAAAAAAACAAUAACAGAAUGCAUUUCUCCCAUACUAUAGUAUGGGUGAAAUGUACAAAUGUAAACUAGUAGUUUUGUUUUCCAUUAUGUCUGUAAGACAUUCCAUGCUUUCAUUUUGCAUUUUAAGUGAUUGUUAACACUUCCAUAGACAGAAGCGUAUGUAUGUACACAUUAUCGUUGACAGCUGUGUGCUCUGAGUCCAAGGUAUUUUGCUGACUGGCACUUUUUCGGUUACUGUUGUUCUUCCUACUUGUAAGAGGAUUAUUGUCCAAGUGUAUUAAACACCACACACACACAGAA